GGGACGGAGGAGAGAGCGGGGGGAUGACUGCAUCAAAGGAAACAAAAAGCAAUCAUGACUCCUGUAAUUUAUCCUACGAUUUUUGUAACUCAUAAAGGUUGGUGUGUUUACCUACACAGUAUGCUGCAAUAAAUGACGAGCCGCCCCAAUAAGUGAAAGCUGGCUUGAGAGAGAUGUCAUCUCCAGGCAUGGGUACCCCCAGUGACCCCCUCUUGGCCAGUCCUGGAGGGAGGUUAUCCACAGCUCAGGAAGGCAUCUGGAGGUGCUCGCUCCCCAAAACCGCCAGCUUCCCAACCUCCACAACUCACCUCAGUCACCGUGCCAACAACUUCCAAAGGCAGCCAAAGCGCCGGAAGUUAAUAAGACCUUCACCUCCUCCGCCGCCCAACACACCCUGUCCCCUAGAUCAGCUGGACCUUAGUGAGCUCCCUCCAAGGCGAACCUUCCAAGAGCUCCUCUUCAAUGGCUGCAUCUUAUUUGGUAUUGAAUUUAGUUAUGCCAUGGAGACAGCCUAUGUGACUCCUGUACUUCUACAAAUGGGCCUCCCUGAUCAGUUCUACAGCUUGGUCUGGUUUAUUAGUCCCAUACUGGGAUUCCUCGUUCAGCCACUCAUAGGAGCAUGGAGUGAUCGUUGUACAUCCCGUUUGGGCGAAGAAGACCUUUCAUUUUUCGCUUUGGCCAUUGGUGCUUUGGUUGGUCUUACCCUAGUGCUGAAUGGGCGGGACAUUGGAGGUGUACUAGCUGACACAGCAUCGAAUCACAAGUGGGGAAUUGUCUUGACAGUGUGUGGUGUGGUUCUGAUGGACUUUAGUGCUGAUUCAGCUGACAAUCCAAGCCAUGCUUACAUGAUGGAUGUGUGCAGCCCAGAAGACCAAGAUCGGGGGCUUAACAUCCAUGCACUACUGGCAGGAUUAGGAGGUGGAUUCGGCUACAUUGUGGGAGGAAUCAACUGGGACCAAACCCAAUUCGGAAAGUCCAUGGGAGGUCAGCUGCGAGUUAUAUACCUGUUCACCAGUAUCACUGUGUUUGCCACAGCCAUGACUCUAAUAAGUAGCCCUGAGCGACCCCUACCAAAGAGCCAACCCAACAAAAACUCAAGUAAAAGUCAUCUGAAAAGCCCAAGCCUCCCUCUUCCUCCGUCUCCUCCUGUCCCCCGGAUCAGCUCCGGACUCGAUGAGGACGACGAGGAGGGUCUUUACAGCUAUAAUUUCUCAAAUUCUCAUCCAUGUAAUCCCGACCCUCUUGCUCAUUCUUGCAGUGCAAGUGCACGUCUUUGUGCUGGCUUGACUAGCCCUAUAUCCCCCCUGAGUCCCCUCACUCCCAAAUAUGGCAGCUUUAUAAGUCGAGACAGCUCGCUAACAGGCAUCAAUGAGUUUGCCUCUUCACUUGGAACCUCCUACAUAGACAGAGUACUCAUAGACUGCUAUACGGGUCAGCAGACACCACAGGGCCUUGGCCCCAACUCCACCUCUGUCCCAAUGCCUCCCGGAGACUCCCCUCCACCUGAUGAGUCCACACAGGGGACAGACGGUCAUCCUGCAGGACAAACACAGGCAGAUGUGGAGGCUCUUCCUGCUGGGGAAGCUCAGGAUGCAGAAGAGCCUCAGUCUGAUGGAGAUGCACAGCCUCCUGGAGCAUCUCAGGUCAGCACUGGGGCACAGCCUGGAGCAGGGUCACAUCGGGGCUCUACUGCUGGUAUCCUAAAGCGACCUCAGAGUCUUGCGCUCAUGGAGGAGCCUUUGGCAACUCAGAUUGUUGGGCUGGAGAAUGGACGAAGGAGAACAGUGACCUUCAGCCAGCAGGUGGCUAACAUUUUGCUGAAUGGGGUGCGCUAUGAAAGUGAUCUCAGUGAGAAUGUGGAGACAGGAGAAUCCCAAAUGUCAAUGAAGCUGCUGUGUAUAGCCAUCUACAGAAUGCCUCCCUCUCUGCGGAGUUUAUGCACUAAUCAUUUUUUGGGCUGGCUGUCCUUUGAAGGCAUGCUGCUCUUCUAUACUGACUUCAUGGGGGAGGUGGUAUUUGAAGGAGACCCCAAAGCCCCCCAUGACUCUGAAGCUUACCAACGCUACAAUGCUGGUGUCAGUAUGGGCUGCUGGGGCAUGUGCAUCUAUGCAUUCAGUGCUGCUUUCUACUCAGCCAUAUUGGAGAAACUGGAGGAGCGUUUUUCUCUUCGCACUCUGUAUUUUUUUGCCUACUUGGCAUUUGGUUUGGGCACUGGCCUGGCCACACUGUCCACCAACCUAUACGUGGUACUUUCUCUGUGUGUCACCUAUGGGGUGCUGUUCUCCUCUUUAUGCACGCUGCCUUACUCUCUGCUGUGUGAAUACUACCAGAGCCCUCAGUUUUGCGGCUCUUCAGAGGAAGGGACCAGACGAGGGAUGGGGGUGGACAUCUCUCUGCUCAGCUGCCAGUAUUUCCUGGCUCAGAUCCUGGUCUCUGUGGCGAUGGGACCUCUGACCUCACUGGUGGGUGGGGCCCAGGGAGUGAUGUACUUUGCGAGUCUGAUGUCAUUCGUGGGAUGUCUGUACUCCUCUCUCUGCGUGGUGUACCAACUGCCCCCCCCUGAGGGUGAGCCCCCCGAAAGCGAGACCCAGCCUCUAUUGGUGCACAUUUAGAGAAGCCUCUUAAUUUACUUUACCUCACUCACAUACUUAAGGGCACACACUCUCAUGCUGUCACUUUGGUGUCUGAGUGUGUUGACCUUCACAGCACUCAUAGGACAAACACACUGUACACCCUGCCGCACACUGUACAGCACAGUAUCAUAUAUUAUUUUACACCAAUCAGCACUGCUCUUCUCAGAGCUAGACAGACAGACAGACAGACAUUGGCCACUGCUCUAAUAUGUGUACAUGACCAGUGUGUUCAUACAGUGUGUGUGCCCAUGUAUUUUUUUCCUAACUUUUGCAAACGAAUGUGUGGCCUCUUUGAAUGCAGUGUGAUUUGUGUGUUUGUGUGCGUGGGUGGAGCUGUUGGUGAGUCUAAUUCUUUGCUGUAAAAUUUUGCAUCAUCUUAUCUUGCUUGUUGAUGUCCAGGUUAGAAAUGUUGACCACUACACACGAGCUAAUCACAGCUUUUCCCUCUUUUUCUUCCUUUUAUCAGUUGCCUAACGUCUGCAUGAGCUGCAAUGUAAUCUUUCAAAGCCUUUUGUUAAUGUUUUGUUUUGGUCAUAUGGCCAAAGAAAUGUCUACCUGCCUGUUUCUCUGAGUUAGCAUGUUAGCGUCACACUGUAGGCAGGAUUUUCUGACUAAAUGAAUGUGCUGCCAGUGACCACUCAGACACACAAUUUCAAUGUCUCUUCAUUGAUUCAAGAGCUCUUAUAGCAUUAUUUGGCAACACCUGCUUAAUAUUCAAAUGAAGCUUAACAAGGCUUAAUCACAGUUGCGGUUUUUGAAGGGCUUCACGUUUUUCACAUUUUAAGUGGUAAAUAAAAAUAGUACCCACAACUACACAACCACACAAUUAUUAGAUGUACUAUUCUAAAGUCAAAUCGAAGCAACACAAAACAAAUCCAAGUGAGCUAUCCCCAAAUUCCACUGUUUGAUGCUGGGCGACUCGUAAUUACGUCCCAAUUAUUAAUACAAUCCCAGUUACCUAAAGCGUCAUAAACCUAUGAGUCAUAGGUUGAAACACACCUUCAAAACAUUAAGACACGUGUACUGGUGGCAAAUUCUAUCUGGGCCCUCACUAAGCCAUGGACAGCCCUGUGAGCUGUCACCCUUCUCCUGGCCUUGCCAUUGUAAUGACAGUGAUUCUUGUCAUUAUCAGGAAGAGGAGAAGUUGAAACUGGGGUGUGAAUCAGCAUUCAGUCGGAAACCGAACAAAACAGAAGAACAACAAACAAAGAGAAGACACAUGUGAACUAUGGGUAACACUGAAGGUGGACAACAAUGCAAGGAAAAACUGUGGGGGUUCAUAAGCCAGCAGAAAGUGCUUAUCGUCAUCAUCAGGGUGCAUGCUUAAGGUAGUAGGCUUCUGCGCCACCAUGCUUGGCCCAUCUGAAUUAGCCCUCACAGGGAAGGUCAAACGUCAUUGUUUUAUCCAUCCUACUGUUGCCAUCUUCAUCUGCAAAAUGGUACAUAUAAUUUAAUUCUGACAUCUGUUGUGCCAUGGCAAAUGGUAUGCUUUACUGCCUCAACACAAGCAUCAAAUCUGACUUCAGGGCUUUAACAUAGAGUAAAUUUAAGUAUUUAGUUUGUUCUAAGCCUUUUAAGUCCAAGUCAUUGUGAUUAUUUUAUUGACUGGCUCUCACAAAUGAGCACCCAAAAAAUAUGGUGCAAGUCAUAAUUGCUGCAUCAGCUGAAUGUCAAUAAUUGCCUACUAUUAAAGCCUCCUGGACUGACUGGAUGCACAACAUGCUCAUGUUUCUGAGGAAACAGUAAUUGUGCGGAUCAUGCUGUUGCAGCUUGCUU